AUGCGGCCAACUGAACGCUGCGUCCCGAUGGGCCGUUGUCGCGUUCACGGCUGGGCCCGACUAACCGCACGGCUCGCCUCGCCGCCGGCACUCGGCAAGUCUGCGCAGACGACGACGAGAGGGGGCGAGAUGGAGGCGGCGCUGCGCGGGAUCAGGGCGAAGCUGACGGAGCACCGGGAGAAGGUGGUCAGCGCCCUGCUGCUGGGCUCGUUCGUGGUGCUGGGGUGGCGGUCGUCAGAGCAGCAGCGCGAGAUCGAGGGCCUGUUGGCCAAGAAGCGCUCCCUCCGAGCCACCAACGCCUCCAUGUCCGCCGCCAUGUGGGCCUGGCGGGAGGAGCUCUUCUCCCUCGCCGCCGCGCCCUCGUCCCCAAUCUCCCUGUCCCGGCUCCGCCACAUCUACGGCGAGGAGGAGCCCGCACCGCCCGCGCCCAAGCUGCCAGGUGGGUACCCCCAGUGCUCGCCGCAGUGA